AGCGCGGCAGCACCUUCGGAGAUAAUCCUUUCUCCUGCCGCAGAGCUGAGGAGCGGCGGGAGACGAGUACUUCGCCAAGGCGUAGCGGGCCGGCAGGAUGGCGACCGUGGUGGUGGAAGCCACCGAGCCGGAGCCAUCCGGCAGCAUCGCCAACCCGGCGGCGUCCACCUCGCCCAGCCUGUCUCACCGCUUCCUCGACAGCAAGUUCUACUUGCUGGUGGUGGUCGGCGAGACGGUGACCGAGGAGCACCUGCGGCGUGCGAUCGGCAACAUCGAGCUCGGAAUCCGAUCAUGGGACACAAACUUGAUUGAGUGCAACUUGGACCAAGAACUCAAACUUUUUGUCUCUCGACACUCUGCAAGAUUCUCUCCUGAAGUCCCAGGACAAAAGAUCCUUCAUCACCGAAGUGACGUCUUAGAAACAGUGGUCCUGAUCAACCCCUCGGAUGAGGCUGUCAGCACCGAGGUGCGCUUGAUGAUCACUGAUGCUGCCCGACACAAGCUGCUUGUGCUGACCGGGCAGUGCUUUGAAAACACCGGGGAGCUCAUUCUCCAGUCCGGCUCUUUCUCCUUCCAGAACUUCAUAGAGAUUUUCACCGAUCAAGAGAUUGGUGAGUUACUGAGCACUACCCAUCCUGCCAACAAAGCCAGUUUAACCCUGUUCUGUCCUGAAGAGGGCGACUGGAAGAACUCCAAUCUUGACAGACACAAUCUCCAAGACUUCAUCAAUAUUAAACUCAACUCAGCUUGUAUAUUGCCAGAAAUGGAAGGACUUUCUGAGUUCACUGAGUAUCUCUCAGAAUCCGUGGAAGUCCCGUCUCCCUUUGACAUCCUGGAACCUCCCACUUCAGGUGGAUUUCUAAAGCUCUCCAAGCCCUGCUGUUACAUUUUUCCAGGAGGGAGGGGUGAUUCUGCACUGUUCGCAGUGAAUGGAUUCAAUAUGCUCAUCAACGGAGGGUCAGAAAGAAAAUCCUGCUUCUGGAAGCUCAUCCGACACUUAGACCGAGUGGACUCAAUUCUGCUCACCCACAUUGGGGAUGACAAUUUGCCUGGAAUCAACAGCAUGCUGCAGCGGAAGAUUGCGGAGCUGGAGGAGGAGCAGUCCCAAGGCUCCACCACCAAUAGUGACUGGAUGAAAAACCUCAUCUCCCCUGACCUGGGGGUUGUAUUUCUUAAUGUACCUGAACAUCUGAAAAACCCAGAGCCCAACAUCAAGAUGAAGAGGAGCAUAGAAGAAGCUUGCUUCACUCUCCAGUACCUAAACAAAUUGUCUAUGAAACCAGAGCCUCUAUUUAGAAGUGUAGGCAAUACCAUAGAGCCUGUCAUUCUUUUCCAAAAAAUGGGAGUCGGGAAACUCGAGAUGUACGUGCUUAAUCCAGUCAAGAGCAGCAAGGAAAUGCAGUACUUUCUGCAGCAGUGGACUGGCACCAACAAAGACAAGGCUGAAUUAAUUCUGCCCAGUGGUCAAGAAGUAGAUAUCCCAAUUCCCUACUUAACUUCGGUCUCAUCUUUGAUCGUGUGGCAUCCAGCAAACCCUGCUGAAAAAAUCAUUCGAGUUCUCUUUCCUGGAAACAGCACCCAAUACAACAUCCUGGAAGGGCUAGAAAAGCUCAAACACUUAGACUUCCUGAAGCAGCCUCUGGCCACCCAGAAGGAUCUCACCGGCCAGGUGCCCACCCCCACCACCGCAAAACAAGUAAAACUGAAACAGAGGGCUGACAGCCGAGAAAGUCUGAAGCCAGCCGCGAAGCCACUUCCUACCAAGUCGGUGCGAAAGGAGUCUAAAGAAGAAACCCCUGACAUCGCAAAAGCUAAUCAAGUGGAAAAGCCUCCCAAAGUCGAAAGCAAAGAAAAAGCAGUAGUGAAAAAAGACAAGCCCAUCAAAACGGAGACCAAAGCUCCGGUGUCAGAGAAGGAGGUGGCCAGCAAGGAGGAGCAGCCUCCCGCCAAAGCCGAGGUGGCCGAGAAGCAGGCCACAGACGUCAAACCCAAAGUCGCCAAAGAGAAGGUAGUGAAGAAGGACACGAAGCCCAAAUCCGAAGAGAAGAAAGAAGAAAAGGAAAAACCCAAGAAAGAGGUGGCGAAGAAGGAAGAGAAAACACCCAUCAAGAAGGAGGAAAAACUGAAAAAGGAAGAGGUGAAAAAGGAAGUCAAAAAAGAAAUCAAGAAAGAAGAGAAAAAGGAACUCAAAAAGGAAGUUAAGAAGGAAACACCACUGAAGGAGCCCAAGAAGGAAGUUAAGAAGGAAGAAAAGAAGGAAAUCAAGAAAGAAGAAAAGGAGCCCAAAAAAGAAAUUAAGAAGCUCCCUAAGGACUCAAAGAAAACUACUCCUCUAGCUGAAGCAAAAAAACCAGCUGCUUUAAAGCCAAAAGUACCUAAGAAGGAAGAGACGGUCAAGAAAGAGUCUGUUGCUGCUGGGAAGCCAAAGGAGAAGGGAAAAGUUAAAGUCAUUAAGAAGGAAGCCAAGCCUUCAGAGGCUGCGGCCAUCGGCACCGUGGCUACCACAGCAGCUGUCGUGGCGGCUGCUGGAAUCGUGGCCACUGGCCCUGCCAAAGAACUCGAAGCCGAGAGGUCCCUUAUGUCAUCCCCUGAGGAUCUAACCAAGGACUUUGAGGAACUAAAGGCUGAAGAGGUUGAUGUGGUGAAGGACAUCAAGCCUCAGCUGGAGCUCAUUGAAGAUGAAGAGAAGGGAAAGGAGACAGAGCCGGUUGAAGCCUACGUCGUCCAGAAGGAGACAGAAGUCAUCAAAGGCCCUGCCGAGUCCCCCGAUGAGGGCAUCACUACCACUGAAGGGGAAGGUGAAUGUGAGCAGACGCCCGAGGAACUAGAGCCGGUUGAGAAGCAAGGGGUGGAUGACAUUGAAAAAUAUGAAGACGAAGGAGCUGGUUUUGAAGAAUCCUCAGAGACUGGAGACUAUGAAGAAAAGGCAGAAACUGAGGAGGCGGAGGAGCCCGAAGAGGACAGUGAAGAGAAUGUGUGCGUGAGCACCUCCAAGCACAGCCCCGUGGAUGAGGAGGAAAGUGCAAAGGUGGAGGCGGACGUGCACCUCAAGGAGAAGAGGGAGUCUGUAGCCAGCGGGGAUGACCGAGCAGAAGAAGACAUGGAUGAGGCAGUGGAGAAAGGAGAAGCCGAACUGUCUGAGGAGGAAGGUGAAGAGGACAAAGCAGAGGAUGCCAGAGAGGAAGAAUACGAGCCAGAAAAGGCUGAAGCUGAAGAUUACGUGAUGGCCGUGGUGGACAAGGCGGCAGAGGCUGGUGGCACUGAUCAGUAUGGCUUCCUGGCCACAUCAGCCAAGCAACCUGGAGCCCAGUCUCCUGGCCGAGAACCCGCAUCUUCAAUCCAUGACGAGACUUUACCCGGAGGCUCUGAGAGCGAGGCCACGGCCUCUGAUGAAGAGAAUCGGGAAGACCAGCCCGAGGAGUUCACCGCCACCUCUGGCUACACUCAGUCCACCAUUGAGAUAUCCAGUGAGCCUACCCCAAUGGAUGAGAUGUCUACCCCUCGAGACGUGAUGAGUGAUGAGACCAACAAUGAAGAGACAGAGUCUCCAUCUCAGGAAUUUGUCAAUAUCACCAAAUACGAGUCUUCGCUAUAUGCUCAGGAAUACACCAAGCCUGCUGUCACACCAUUCAACGGCUUAUCUGAUGGGUCAAAGACAGAUGCCACUGAGGGCAAGGACUACAGUGUUUCAGCCUCCACCAUAUCGCCACCCUCAUCCAUGGAAGAAGACAAAUUCACCAGAUCUGCUCUACGCGACGCUUAUUAUUCUGAAGAAAAAGCAGUGAAACCCAGCGACACGUUGGAGGUCCAAGAUACCACCUCAGCAGUUUCAGAUGAAAGACUUAGUCCAGUCAAGAGUCCAUCCCUGAGUCCAUCUCCACCAUCACCCAUCGAGAAGACCCCUCUGGGUGAACGUAGUGUGAACUUCUCUCUGACACCCAAUGAGAUUAAAGUCUCCACGGAGGCAGAAGCAGUCUCUGUGUCUCCCGAGGUGACCCAAGAAGUAGUUGAAGAACACUGUGCCAGUCCUGAGGAGAAGACUCUGGAAGUGGUGUCACCAUCUCAGUCUGUGACUGGCAGUGCUGGCCACACCCCUUACUACCAGUCUCCUACCGAAGAGAAAUCCAGCCACCUCCCAACAGAAGUCAUUGAAAAACCACAGGCAGUUCCAGUGAGUUUUGAAUUCAGUGAUGCCAAAGAUGAGAGUGAAAGGGCUUCAGUAAGCCCCAUGGAUGAACCUGUGCCCGACUCAGAGUCGCCCAUUGAAAAAGUUCUGUCUCCCUUGCGCAGCCCUCCCUUGAUUGGGUCGGAGUCUGCCUAUGAAAGUUUUCUGAGUGUGGAUGACAAGGCUCCCAGUAGAGGUUCCGAAAGCCCCUUUGAAGGGAAGAAUGGAAAGCAAGGCUUUCCAGACCAAAUAAGUCCCGUUUCUGAAAUGACUUCCACUGGCCUUUACCAGGACAAACAGGAGGGGAAGAGCACAGACUUUAUACCAAUAAAGGAAGACUUUAGUCCAGAAAAGAAAACUGAUGAUGUAGAAGCCAUGAGUUCUCAUGCCGCAUUGGCUUUGGAUGAAAGGAAAUUGGGAGAUGUUUCUCCAACACAGAUAGACGUCAUUCAGUUUGGGUCUUUCAAAGAAGACACCAAGAUGUCCAUUUCCGAAGGUACUGUCUCCGACAAGUCAGCCACACCUGUCGAUGAGGGCGUAGCUGAAGACACGUACUCUCACAUGGAGGGUGUGGCCUCAGUCUCCACAGCCUCUGUGGCCACGAGCUCCUUUCCAGAGCCAACAACAGAUGAUGUGUCUCCCUCCUUGCAUGCCGAAGUUGGCUCCCCACAUUCCACAGAAGUAGACGACUCCCUCUCCGUGUCUGUUGUGCAAACACCCACCACUUUCCAGGAAACAGAAAUGUCUCCCUCUAAAGAAGAAUGCCCAAGGCCAAUGUCAAUCUCUCCUCCAGACUUCUCCCCCAAGACUGCCAAAUCCAGGACACCGGUUCAAGAUCACCGAUCGGAGCAGUCCUCCAUGUCCAUUGAAUUUGGCCAGGAAUCUCCUGAGCACUCCCUUGCCAUGGACUUCAGUCGCCAGUCUCCAGAUCACCCAACGGCGGGUGUGGGUGUGCUGCACAUCACUGAAAACGGGCCAACUGAAGUAGACUACAGUCCUUCUGACAUGCAGGACUCCAGUUUGUCACAUAAGAUCCCCCUGGCGGAGGAGCCGUCCUACACCCAAGAUAAUGAUCUCUCUGAGCUCAUCUCGGUGUCUCAGGUGGAGGCCUCCCCUUCCACCUCUUCUGCUCAUACCCCUUCUCAAAUAGCUUCUCCCCUUCAAGAAGACACUCUAUCUGACGUUGCUCCUCCCAGAGAUAUGACCUUAUAUGCCUCGCUCACCUCUGAGAAAGUACAGAGCCUGGAAGGAGAGAAGCUCUCUCCCAAAUCUGAUAUCUCUCCACUCACCCCACGAGAGUCCUCUCCUUCAUAUUCCCCUGGUUUUUCAGAUUCUACCUCUGCAGUGAAAGAGAGCACAGCAGUGCACCGCACCUCCUCUUCUCCACCAGUAGACUCAGCAUCCGCAGAGCCCUAUGGCUUCCGGGCCUCGAUGUUAUUCGACACAAUGCAGCAUCAUCUCACCUUGGAUAGAGAUUUGACCACAUCUGGUAUUGAGAAGGAUGGUGGAGAGAAGGUACCUGGUGACUUUAGCUAUGCUUAUCAAAAGCCUGAGAAGACCACCGGGUCCCCAGAUGAAGACGAUUAUGACUACGAAUCCUACGGGAAAACAACUCGGACCCCAGAUGUGGGCAGCUAUUACUAUGAGAAGACAGAGAGAACCGUGAAAUCUCCGUGUGACAGUGGUUACUCCUAUGAGACCAUUGAGAAGACCAAGACCCCUGAAGAUGGUGGCUAUGCCUGUGAAAUUACUGAGAAGACCACACGGACCCCCGAAGAAGGUGGGUACUCCUAUGAGAUCAGCGAGAAGACAAUAAGGACCCCUGAAGUGAGCGGUUACAGCUAUGAAGCGACUGAAAGGUCUAGGAGGCUCCUGGAUGACAUCAGCAAUGGCUAUGAUGACUCUGAGGAUGGUGGCCACACACUGGGGGACACCAGCUACUCUUGUGAGACCACGGAGAAAAUUACCAGUUUCCCUGAGUCUGAAAGUUACUCCUAUGAGAUGUCUACCAAAAUGACACGAAGCCCUGAUUCUUCCACUUACUGUUAUGAGACAAUGGAGAAAAUCACUAAGACCCCCCAGGCAUCUACAUACUCCUAUGAGACCUCAGACCGAUGCUACUCUGCAGAGAAGAAGUCUCCCUCGGAGGCCCGCCAGGAGGUUGAUUUAUGCCUUGUGUCCUCCUGUGAAUACAAGCAUCCCAAGACAGAGCUUUCACCCUCCUUCAUCAAUCCCAAUCCUCUGGAGUGGUUUGCCAGUGAAGAGCCCACUGAAGAAUCCGAGAAGCCCCUCACUCAGUCAGGGGGAGCCCCUCCGCCUCCAGGAGGAAAACAACAGGGCCGACAGUGUGACGAAACCCCUCCCACUUCAGUGAGUGAGUCGGCCCCAUCCCAGACCGACUCUGACGUCCCCCCAGAGACGGAAGAGUGCCCCUCCAUCACAGCUGAUGCAAACAUCGACUCUGAAGAUGAGUCAGAAACUAUCCCCACAGAUAAAACGGUCACAUACAAACACAUGGACCCACCUCCGGCCCCCAUGCAGGACCGCAGCCCUUCUCCACGACAUCCUGACGUGACCAUGGUGGACCCAGAGGCCUUAGCCAUUGAGCAGAACCUGGGCAAAGCUCUGAAGAAAGAUCUAAAAGAAAAGACCAAGACCAAGAAGCCAGGUACCAAGACCAAGUCCUCCUCACCUGUCAAGAAAGGUGAUGGGAAGUCCAAGCCCUCAGCAGCUUCACCAAAACCAGGGCCCUUGAAAGAACCUUCAGAUAAGGUGUCGAGAGUGGCUUCUCCUAAGAAGAAAGAGUCUGUGGAAAAAGCAACAAAAACCACCGCCACUCCUGAGGUCAAAGCUUCACGUGGGGAUGAGAAAGACAAGGAGACCAAGAAUGCUGCCAACGUCUCCAAGUCAGUAAAGACCGCGACUGCAGGACCAGGUACCACAAAAACGGCCAAGUCCUCCACUGUGCCCCCAGGCCUCCCUGUGUAUUUGGACCUGUGCUACAUCCCCAACCACAGCAAUAGUAAGAAUGUUGAUGUUGAGUUUUUCAAGAGGGUGCGGUCAUCCUACUAUGUGGUGAGUGGGAAUGACCCUGCUGCCGAGGAGCCCAGCCGGGCUGUGCUGGAUGCCUUGUUGGAAGGGAAGGCCCAGUGGGGCAGCAACAUGCAGGUGACUCUGAUCCCAACUCACGACUCAGAAGUGAUGAGGGAAUGGUACCAGGAGACCCAUGAGAAACAGCAAGACCUCAACAUCAUGGUCUUAGCAAGCAGCAGCACGGUGGUUAUGCAAGAUGAGUCCUUCCCUGCAUGCAAGAUAGAACUGUAAUGAACAAGGCCAGCCACACCACAGGAUUUGAACUUUGUCUCCAGAAAUUCUUCGAUUUGAAACUACCUUUUCUAAACCAUCAAUUCAUCUGAUUAAGUCGCUGAACAAUUACCUGCCAAAUGCUAUCCUGUGUCAUGGUGAUGCAAGUCUCCGUUUUUGCUGAUUGCUAAGGGAAGUAACAGUAUUCCCACAGUAGGGUUCAAGUUACUGCAAAAUUACCUACCCCAGUUCAUCUCUGCUGAACAUUUGGAAACCAUGCACUAGCGAGCCCAACUGACUUCUGCUAGGUAGAGACAUUUGUCUUACAGAGAGAAAGAAAGAGAGAGAGAGAGAGGGAGUGAGGGAGGGAGGGAGCACACAAAAAGGAUGCAGGAGAGAGAGAGAGAGAAAGAGAUAAAGCACGAGAAAGGAGAAUGCACGAGAAGGAGAUGUAAUGGUAGAGCGUUCUGGUGAGAUACCAAGAGAGAAGAGAGAGCAGGAUGGGGGAAGAGAAGAAAACCAACGGUUUGGUCUGCAUUUUCUCUGGCAGUAGGUAUUCUGUAGUCGAUAUAGGCAGUGUUUUCCUUUUUUGUCAGUCUGAGUCGUCAAAAAGGGUCUUACUUUUCUAAAGCAGUGUGGCUAGAAGAAAACAAAAGAACAAAACUUGUUAUGCGAGCAUGUGAGAUGUUCACACCUUAUCAAGCGCCUUCACUUUGAAGACUGCACACUGACAUGAUGUAGUUGAGUGUAGACUAGACACAAGUGGUCGAGCCCCAUUCAGAACUCUCUGACUCUAACCACACACAUUGAUCUAAGGCACGCUCCCAGCAUUUUGUCCACCCACGUGGUCCACACCGAGUCAAUUAACCUGCAUGCAGCAACACCCAUGUCCACUCUGAUUAACUGAAGCAAAUACCAAAGCAGUUGGGAGUACAUAUGGUAGACAGUUUGCCUUAGGAAGUGACUUGAAUGUACAAAGAUACUUGAUGCACUUAUUUUUUAAUGUGAGACAGCAAGUUUAUAAAACAUCCGUGUAGGAUUAUAGAUACUCCAGUUAAAGGAGCCCAUGUGUGCUCAAGUGUGGGGGUACUAGAAGCUGAUCUGAUUGGUCCAACAGUUUGAUGCUGGGUCAUGCGUGUUGAAUACCACUUCAGUGUACCUGUGGCCUCUUAGUCAAACAAGUUGUGCCUUUCAUAGCUUCUUUACUACUGCAAGUUCAAGAUUGAAAUGGCUUCUGGGAUCAGAACUGGGAAAGCAGUGAAUCUUAUGGUGGAAGAGGUUCUCAGCAAGUGUACAGUAUUUACCUUCCUUUGUCUUACAUUGGCUUUUUUAAUUUCCAUUAACUUCAACAAAAUUAUGGGAACAAGUGUACAGCAGAAUUUUUUUUUAGCUAUGUGAGAACUUUUCAUAGAUGAACUUUUUAACAAAUGUUUUAAUUUACAGGAAUAUGCAAAGAAAACUUUCAAGUGAUAAAGUCUUUUUUUUUUUUAAGUGUUUCGUAAGACAAAAAAAAUGAAUAAUGUUUUUUGAAGUUGUGGCAAGACUGAAGUCUGAUAUUGCAGUCAUAAUAUUUAUUAGAAACCUGUAACUACGAGGAAUAAGGAUACCUCCCACCCCUUGGUUCCCAUCACAUAAAAAUCUGAGUAUGUGCUAUUUGAGAGUGGGAGCGAAUGGCAUGGUAGGCUAUUUUUCAGGGCCUUCGCGAGUAUAUCACCCAGUGGUACCCUACAUACUUCUCUCAAGAUCUUCAACCAUGAGGUAAAAGAGCCAAGUUCAAAAGGACCGUAGCACAAAUUUGCUUUGGGAUUUUCUUUUCUGGAAAAAAAAAAAAAAUAGCUUGAAAACAAAAUGAAUUCCCAACUCCUGCGUUCAUCAUGUAGAAUUCUGACAUAAUGUCCAUCACUGUCAUCACUGAACCACGCACCUGGGAAGCCAGAUCAUGAUGGCAGCUGACGUCAGGUUUCGGGUUGCAGACCAGUGCACCCAGUGUUCAGAUGUGGCAAACUUCUCAGUGACAACUGUCCUGUGCUCUGUCACGUUACGUUUCCUGCAGACUCUAUGAUCUACGGAGUAGUGAACAAUGACCUCAUUUUAUUUUCUAUGUUAGUUAUUUAUUUCAAAAUUUAACAUUUAAGUUUAUUUUUGUCUGUGAUGUGUAUGUUUUGCACUGCUAACUACUAUGAGGGUUUAAACAAUGCUUCUUCAGGGUCCCUUCACUGAGGACCUAUGCAGUCUACUUAAUGCUGUGAAUUACAUUUUCCAAAUGUCUAAUUUUUUUAAGAAAAUUAAUAUUCUAUUUUUGUUAGGCUUCUCUAGGAAUACAGUUUUUAUUUAUUGCCCUGUUUUUUUUUUUCCAAGUCCUUAAAAAUAACACAUUAAGGGUACAAAAGUUUUACAUGUGAUGGAAAAGUCAUUGUAACAAAAAUGGAUUUCAUCACUUCUAACUUCUUUCAUGAGAAAAUCUAAAAUACUCAAGACAAUUACCUAACGGCUAGCUGUUGAGUUGGUCCACAUAAUGUGUGGGGAGAGAAACGAUUUCUAGCCUUCUUGCCAAAUCUAGACCUCUGGUUGAUUUUUCUUUGAUGAGUUAUUUUCCAGUUUCCCAAAUUAAGUUUCUUAACCAUGUAUAUUAUUUCGCUUUUUCAAAAUACAUUUUAGAAGAAUUAUAGCCAGCAUUCAGUUUUAAUCACUCAACCCCAAUCCUUAUUUUUUUUUUACUCCCCCCCCCCACUAUGGGGUUUAAUGGGAGAAAUAGAAAAAACUGUCACUGGUCAGCUGGCUCUUUUUCCUAUGAAAUCUGUCAGUACCAUAUUCCAUCUCUUGUGCUCAAUGAUGGCCACAGAGCCUGAGUAUACCAGGAAAACCAAUAUUUGCAUUACAGGUUGCUCCUGUCCUUCUAGAUACCUUUCCUACCUGAGUGACUAACCUAAUUUUUCUAGUUCCAUAAGUACAGUUAGUUUAGUAACAGCCAUCAUAAAGUACCAUGGACACUCAUGGUGUAAACUCAAUACCAACACAGACUUCUAGGAACUUUGUUUAUACUGAUUACUCAAUCUGAUUAUAUAGAUUGACUAUUUGAGUGGAAGGAGUUUCCAUUCUGUUUAAGUGAUGGGAUUCGAUCAAGAUAGCGCUCAUGAUCAUGACCUUUUGGGUAGUGUUCUUAAACAAAAUUCUGCAGAGACUAAAUGUUAGAGAUGAUCCUCCAUUUUCAAUUUUAACCAAUUCUGUCCCCUUUCUUGAGACCCUGACCCCUGUGCAUGCUUCCUCAGUCUUGUGGUGGGACUGGAUACAAUUAUGACCCUCCCCGCAACACCAUUUUCCAUGGAGUUCAAAAGAAAAAAAAAUUUUUUUUUCUUAAUGUUACAUAUCAUAGUGAAUGGUUUCCCCAGUGUAUAUGAAUGUUUUAAGUGUCUCCAAUAGCUUAAGAAGUUUAGGAGCUUUCCAGUACUCAUUUAAUAAGAUUUAAUCAGUUGCUAAUGGAAAUUUUACCACCUUUCAUUUUCCCUCUUUUACCAAAUUUCAGCUCUUGGGAGCUGCUCUACAAUUCUGGAAUUGCUUUUCUUGCCGCUCUUUAGUCACCUGUCACAGGAGGUUCCUACUCAGUAAUGAUAUUGUGAGUUAGGAUAAUAACUUUUCUUUUGGCGCCUCAGAUUUAAGAGAAAAGAUCCUGUUUCCGUUGGAAAGGAACAGAAGCUUUUGUCUUUUCACCAACUGAACAACACACCAAAAGCAGCCUAGGGAUGAGCGUUCUUUGAAAGCAAUUAGGUUACUCACCUGGUAUUAAAAUAUAUUUACUAUUUUAAAAAAUCUGUGACUUUAUGACGUUCAUUUAAAAGGCAGCAUCAAAAACUGAAAAGAAAGGGAAAAAAAGAAACUGCUUCUCUGUACUUGUCUGGAGCUCCCCCAAACAGGAGCCACGGGGAAGAGGCUCAGACGGGGGUGCCCUUUGGAGAACACGCCGGGCGGGCGGCUCCCAGUCACACUUUCCCACGCCGCGCACGUCCUGACCUUUCCAGCCCGGAAAGCAGCGGCCCUGGGCCUGCCGAGAAGCACUUCGCACCCCUCUCUCUUGUUCUGAGUGGUGUUUGUGUCAGUCUGCAGCUGUGUAUGGUAUUAUGUCUUAUAACCCUGCAUCACUUCUAUCCUAUCCAGUCAUAUCUAAUGUAGAAAAUUAGUUUCCAGUGAAAGUAAUAUGUAGUGCUUUUAUGAUAUUUGUGUGCAAUAUCCCCUCUUCCAUUGAGGAUAUUUGAUGUAAAGGAAAAAAAAAAACUCAGUUCCACAAUAAAAUACAAAAGUGGCAAAA